UUGUUGCUGUUCAAAGGGAUCAAAACACCCUCAAACUAUUAAAGUGUAGUUUUAUGUUUUAUUUGAUCAAUUAACAAUCAACAUGUGGUGUGUGUUAUCGAAGUUGAGCAAAAGAAACUCGCUCUUUCAACAAUACAAGCUUUACAAGAAAUGUGAACAUAACCUAAGAAAUUCAUUGGUGAGAUCAAUUUGCAGAUCGUCAACACAGAAUGCGAAACUUUUCCUUGACCGAGAAAAUAUGCACGCUUACAAAGUUAUUGAACAUAAAUCAGCUUAUGGACAGGUGAAUCUUCAGGAUUUGUUUUUGCGGACGGGCACUACCGAAAUCAAUUCCGAACUCGAGAUGAAUGUUAUGUUGUCGCAGGAUUGGAGAAUUCAGACCGCAACAGAUAUUGUUAGGGCAUUCAGAAUUGCGUUGCCUGUGUGCAUAGAAAACAACAUAAAUCUCUCCGACACUCGCUUCAAUAAUUUAACGGAUGGUUUAUUGGAUAACGUGGAAAAAAUAACUGAUGAGGAGUUGAUAGAGAUGCUUGAUUUAUUAGCAUUGUAUCCAGAAACGGAAUCCUUCAAAUCUCACAAUUAUCAUGAUAUUUGGAGUGCUUUAGACGAUGUAUGCUGUUGGAGACUGUCCUCUUGGGACAAAGAGAACGUUUUUCCAAUAGCAGAUCGAUGGUACAAAUUAAAUUUAGGAAAACUCUGCGAUUUCAUCUACGAAGUCUUGGAGAAACUUUCAAGGAAACCAACAAAGUUGAGCAAGGAUCAGCUUGUGCACUUAUUCUUCUACAUGAAUAUAUGCAGGAAGCGAAUAAUUGAUUUUGAAUACGAAACGGCGUUGGAUAUGAAAAUAGAUAAAAUGAGCCUGGACGAGAUGGGAAUCGCAGCUUUGGGUUACUUUAAGACGCAGAGUAAAGUGAAGAUUGCGCGCAUCCUUUCAGUCAUGAUGGAGAAGGCUAUAGCUGAACCGAAUCCCGACGAUCUGACGCUGUGCGCUAUUCUGAAAAUAGUUCGUUUCACGUCGAAUCCGUCGUUGGCCGAUCAAAUGACGGAUUUCAUCGAGAAAGUAUCGCCCAAGUUGGAGAAAUCUUCGAAUCUUUGCCAAUUGCACGGAGCGCUCUUCGGAACGACACUCCAAAUAGAGCACAGACCGGCGAUAUUCUUCGCUGCUAACCGGAUCGCAAAGAAUCUGCAGCAUUUGGAAAAAGUUCGACUGAAAGACAUGGAACGAAUUCUUUUACCUUUGUCCAUGUUCGAUUACAAUCCAAACACGGAACCCGAUAUUUUCAAAGCCAUCUUGGAGGAGUUGCAGCAUGAACGAAGGUUUCCUGAAUUAGAUAAGUACCCAAGGUGUUUGUCCAGCGCCCUUCAUUUUUUAAGCGUUAAGAAUAUUUAUUCAGAGGAAUUGUUAAAUAAGGUGUUGAACAUGAAAUUCGUAACAGAGACUUAUGGUAGAUCUAGUCGUUUAUUACCGAUGGAGAUAUUCUCGCUCGACAUAUCAACGGAAAUCGAUUUACCAGAUUACAACGGAUAUCGUAUGGAUCCGAGUAUGCGGUAUAAAGCUUCCAAAUGGUUAACGAGAUACUCACCUUCUUAUACACAAACGAAAAGGAUUUCCGCCUCGGAAAAGGUCAUAUUGGAUGUUACUGAUCGCAUCAUGGAAAUCGUCGGCGCUCAGAACAUACUCAUCGAUCAUGUGUUACCGCAUUUCCCGAGAGCAGACAUUAUUUGUUGCAGAGACAAGAAGACUGGUAAAUUUGUGGAACCUUUCGGUUUGCAGAAAUAUCAGUUUGGCGAUAUCAAGAAACCCACAGAUGGCGAAAGUUACGAAUGGUUUGCUGUAGUGGUUGCAGGAUGGAACAACACAAUUAGGGAUACCAAUAAACUGGUCGGACAAACGACGAUGAAACUUAGGCAUUUAGAACGAAUCGGUUACAAGGCAGUUCCAGUGAUAUGGAACGAAUACCAACCACUUACGUUGGAAAAUAAAUUGAAACACAUCGAGAAUAAGCUUCGGACUUGGCUUCUUGCAAGGUUCCUCCAGAUCGCAAGGAUCCCUUUUCUUCUUCCUUACACCCGUACAAGGCUUUUGCUUCACACAUUUCUGAGAUUUCUUCCCGUCAUCGUAUCCCUUUUUGCCCUUGUAACAGCACCAGUUCUGCGUGGAAGUGUUCAGCAGACGCCUCGAUAUUAAAAACGAUACUAAUGAUUUUGUGGACAUUUCUUUUUGCGAAAUUCGAUUUGUACGAAAUGAAUGAUUGAUCAAAAAAAAAAAA